UUAGGUAAGGUUAGUUCUGUUUACAAACAUUAAUUAAUGUUUGUACAUACCUUCACAGGCGGUGCUGAAGAUAUUCCAGACGAAGAUAUAUGCAUUAUAUGCAUUCAUAUAAAUGCGUAUAUAUUUAUUUAAAUGCAUAGUUAUUUAUUGUACAAAAACUCUUACGUUGUCCAAUUAUCUCUAGACCCAAAGAGGAAUUGUGAUUCUGUUGGUAGAAAAUACUUGAUGAAAAAAAUUUUCUCUUGACUCCUCCUUGUUUCAAUCGCUAGCUCCAAUUUCUAGAGCGAUAGAUUCAUGAUAGCUAUGCAUCAAAAGAAAACUAGAAACUGCUUGCAGAAGAGUAGAUAGAACUUCCAGAAGACUAGAUACGGCUUCCAGAAUACAACAAACUGCUUGUAAAAUACUUUUGGCAGAAAAGUAAAUAUUACCGGAUGACCAGAUACUGAUUAUAGAAGACUAGAUACUGCUUCCAAAAGAGUAGAAACUGCUUCUAUAUGACUAUAUACUACUGUUAAAAGAGUAAAUAUUACCAGAAGAUCAGAUAUUGCUUGUAGAAGACUAGAUACGACUUUUAGACACAAGGCACAGCUUCUAGAAGACUAUAUACAACUGUUAGAAGAAUAAAUAUUACCGGAUAAGCUAAAGAUAAGCCAGCAGUAUCUAAAAGAGUCAUUAUUAGUACUAAUAAUCAAUACUCCAUAAAAGAAUCAUUGUGCCUUUAUGGUAGAGGUUCAUCCUGAACAAAUAUAGAUGUGUUAACAAAUAAUAUUAUCAAUAUUAACUACUACUGUAAUAUUUAUCUACUAUUCACAUUUUUUUCGUGAAAAUGGGUAUAAAAUGAAUCCAGGGAUUGCAAUGGAAUCAAUUGUAAAUCAACCUUUGCAUCGUUAACCAAAAGGUUUUUACAACAAUCCAUAAUGAGUGCAGAGAAAGAUUUCGCAGGUUUCGUUUGGAGAGAGUGUAAAGUUGACAAUAUUCCUGAUGAUGUGGUCAAGAGUGCAGUUGUAGGAGGAAACGAUAGCGAUGGAUGUCCGAUAUACAUCGGGAAAUCUAAUUAUAACAACGAUGUCAUUCCGGCUAAAGUUAUGCCAACAAAAAAAGCUGCUUACAUAGCUUAUAGCGGCAAGGAACACCUCGUUCCCGAAGUUGAAAUUCUUUGUGAGCGAAAAUUUAAGUGGGUAUCAUGGCAGAAAGGAGACCAAGUUCCCAAGAAUGCCGUUAUUGGAGGGAAGACUUCCAAUGAGGAUCUUUAUAUAGGAAGAGCAGAGCAUAAUGGAGCUUUAACUAUAGGAAAGCUUCAUCAUAGUCACAACACGAUUUACAUUCCUUAUGGAGGAAAAGAACACCCUAUGAACAAAGGUGAAGUUCUUGUGUUUGAAUGAAUAGAUGGAGUAUCUAAUUUAAAAGUGAUGGUUUUAUAGAAAAUUGAAAAAAAUAAACCAUUCUUAAAAAUUA